UUCAAAAUGUGUCACAAAGACAUUUAAAAAAAAUAUAAUUUUUUCGAUGUUUCCCCCACGAUAUUUACUUUUUUUUGAAUAAAUAAGCUCAAUUUAAGCGUACUCCCAUCUUUUGAGAAAAUGGCAAAACCUCUACAAAAGGAUAGGGAGAACCGGUCCGCCGAGAAGAAGGACCUUACAUUCCAUCCUUAUAAUAUCACGCCGGAGACUGCUCAUACCGCGAUUUUACUCCUUGAAUCCACUGAGCCCGAAAUAUUAUGUCAGACCCUGCGAGCAAUAACGAAGUUCGCAGCUCAAGAGAUGCAAAACCGUUACGUGUUGUUCAACCUGAACGCUAUCAAGUACAUCCUGCCUCACAUUGAGCACCCCGAGCUGAACAUCAAGCGGUUCGCGCUGAAGGCCCUCGCUCAGUUGUGUCAGUUACCCCGUGGCCCGGAGCAGGUGUUGUCUGAUCCGCAGAACUUGAGGAAAGUUGCCUUUAUGAUAGGAAAGAUAGAGGAUAUAUUCGUGUUGGAGUUUGCGUCGCUGGUGUUGUCGGAACUGACGAGGGAGCCUCUCGGCUGCGAGCAACUGGUGUCAGCUAACAUUCUCAACAGUCUUUGCUCUCGUAUGAAGAACAGCCUCGAUCCGGAUGUUCAGAAGAAUUGUUUACAGACCUUAAGCAAUUUGCUGGAAGACCCCAUAUGCGCUACAGAAGUAACAAAGAGCCAGCAAUUCAGCUGGCCGUCCAUCCUAGCUCUGAUGCAGAGCUCGUAUCUGGCGAUACAGCACGCGGCCCUGAAGACCGUGGACCAGCUGAUAUGCCGAUACAAGGAUCAGAAUGUGCAGAGGACAUUCCGCGCGUCCACUGGCGUGCUGGACCUUUGCGACAUUUUGGAGUCCUAUGAGUUCCGUGACGUCCACACCCAAGUGUUAAGCGUGUUACGCAAUUACGUGGAGACUGAAGAGAACGCAAGCCAUCUGUACCAGUCGGGGUGUAUCCUUCGACUACUGGCGUACCUUGAGAUGGCCUUGCCCGCUAUGAAGCCCCACUGCCUAGCUGUGCUGACUAGGAUGUCCUUUACUGCUAAUGGGAGAGAUGCUCUGUAUCAAACGGGAACGGACCUGGUGUUCUGUCACCAAUUGCUCAGUUCCAACGUGGACUUGUUAGCCGAUGCCGCGAUGGGCGUUGCCAACAUGACCAAGUUGCUUCCAUCCGCUGUGCGAAUGUCGGAUACCAACAUCAUUGAAGCGCUUUGCGCUAUUCUCAGUGACGACGGAGCGGUGUGGUUCUAUAUCCGCAUGAAUUCUCUACGCGCAUUGGCAGAGCUUUGCCGCAUCAUUCCUAAAGCGGCUUUCAGUCUCGUCGAGCCGAAGACCUUCGCUUCCUUGAGAAAUAUCAACAAGAAGUUUAAAGACAACCCGAUAGAAGCGCAGAGGCUGGCGGUGCAAUGUUACAUCAAUCUGCUGAACUACCACGUCAGCACCAAAGCCAUGCUCAAUGCUGACUUCAUGCAGGAACUGCUUAACAUUUUACAGCGCAUCGAUAUUUAUUUGAAAAUAAUGACAUGCACAGUUUUGAGAGGACUCAUGAGGGAAGAUGUAGCCAAGGAGUUAUUUACGUCGAAACAAGGCGAAGAGGUGAUUUCAAGCAACUUGUGCAUUGAGCACGUAGGCCUGCGCACGGCACUGUGCACGCUUAUUUGUGCGAGCGUCACGGAGGAAGGGGCAGACGUUUACCUUGAGCUUGGGACUAUCCAUUAUAUGGUGGAAAAUAAACAAGCUCGGUACGUAGUGAGCGCGUGGGAGCCGGCAUUAGAGGAGAUAUUCCGCCAUCACCCCUCUGCGAAGUUUGCGUAUACCGGACGACUGGAUAUCAAUGAUUUUACACAGGAAGGUUUUUACGCACAAAAGCGCUUGGGCGAAUCAUUUCCCACCGUACACCAGUUAUACGUCGCACCGGAGCCUUACAAAGACCCCGUAUACAUUUGCAUGUUCCACCAACCGGCCUACGACGUCGCCUCCGGCCUCGAUAUCAGGUCUCCAUAUCGUCGCUCAGAAUCAAGAUUGACGACAUCGGGGUCGGAUCGGAUCCCCGUUAUAGCUGACGACGUCAAUUUGCGCAACUAUCUGUUGCGCCUGCGCCUCUGGUUUGGCGACCCUGCUAAAUCUCUACACUACUUCGAAAUAGAAGACGCACAUUAUGAAGUUAGGUACCGCGAUAAGUGCGAUGAAGUGUCGACGUCGCUCAAGCAACGCGCGCAACUGUUAGGAGAGUUCGUGGCGGAGCAAAUGUGCGGCCUGACACAGGAGCAGGAUUGUUCCAUGCCCAGUGUCAACUUACAUCUGGCGGACCUGAUGCAUGAGCUCAACUCCCGUCUAGUCGGUCUGGGGUACAUCAAGUGUGGCGGCCAGUUGGAGCGAGCCCUGCUGUAUAAGGUGCUAGCCGACCGAUGUGGUCUGCCCUGCGCUCUGCAUAGACGCUCUAGUGCUCAUGCCUGGUGUGAGAUCGCUGUCCCUGAAAUAGACCCGAAUGAAAUUCUCGACAAACCCCUUAACUUCCCAGCGGGUCUGCUCAGAGUAAACUACGUAGUGGAUCUUAUGGAGCAUCCCGGCAAGCUGCUACCAUUAGGCUCACCCGAAGCACAGCGGGUGUGCGGUCCUGCCUGCGCGCCAUACACUGCGCGCGCGCUACCAGAGAUUUGCAAGUGCAAACACUGACAACCCGCAAUGAACUACGAAUAAAUAUUGUGAUUAUU